GGCGAGGCGCGCGCCGCGGCACGGCCUUUCUGGACCUGCUGCUGCGACAGCAGAGCGGCGGCGCGCGCAUGGCGGACGGCGAGAUCGCCGAGGAGCUGGACACGCUCAUGUUCACCGGUUUCGAUACUGUCAAGUUAUCUGUAGGCUUUGCCCUCUACGCUCUUGGAAACAACCCAUCAGUUCAGGAGAAAGUUAUUCAAGAGCUGGAAAAAAUAUUUGAUAUAACGGAGCCGAUCGAUGUUACUCCUGAAUCAUUAAGGCAAUUAUCGUACUUGGAGCAAGUUAUUAAAGAGACCUUGCGUCUUUAUCCUCCAGUUUGGUUCUUCGCCCGCAAAUCUGGAGUGGAUGUGCCUCUAGUCUCUUGUGACUUGGUUAUUCCUGCUCAGAGCAAUGUAAUUAUACCGAUAAAAGCCAUACAUAUGGAUCCCAGUCUCUAUCCCAAUCCGGAAGUUUUUGAUCCUGAACGUUUUUCUCCCGAGGGCGCUGCUGUACGUCAUCCGUAUGGAUUUCUUCCUUUUGGAUCUGGACAACGCAUAUGCAUUGGAAGAAGAUACGCUAUGCUAGAAGCGAAAACGGUUCUCGCCAAGGUACUAUGGAAUUACGAAAUUGUUGCUGUUCUUGUGGCGUCUGCCGCCGCUCAAGACGCCUCCAAUAUCACCACUCUCAGCUCGAAUCCCAGCACUACCACUUCAGCCACCGACAACUUCAACACCAGUUCCGCCAGCUCCGGUACUACAGGGGCAUUUGAUGACACCACUUUUAAUUCUACUCAAGAAAACAGCACUGAAUACGACGAGUACAUCAUUAUUGUGGAAUUGGAAGAUCCCUGGCCGUACUUCCAGUCUGUGCAUAAUGCGAUAGAUUAUAUAUUUUCCUAUUACAUUUCGCCGCUUUACAGCAAUUGGGGAAGUCAUCCUAGACCCUACGGACGUCCACCAUAUUCCGAAGUCGAGAAGUAAGUUUUCUUCACGGACAGUGGUAUUUGAAGCCUAUUGUUACCCUACUUAUUAUCCACAUGGAAUUACUCAUGUUGGUUUUUAGAUAAUUGUAUAAUGAUAUUUUCGAAUAAAGUCAUAUAGCUAAUAAUAAAUAAACUUCACAUUUAAAAUAUGUAUUUCCAGCACGUGGAUGUGAGUCUAAGUGAAAUUGCGUACCUUUUAUUACAGGAUUUAAACAUCCUUGAAGAAAAUUUCAAUAAUGUUGUUAAUGAUAUUAACAACCACUAUAACUAAUUAACCUAAUAUUAUUGUAUUACGAUAUAAGUUUUGGAAAUCAUACGCAUUUUAUUGAAUUAGUAAACGUUUUACAAAUGCGUAUCGUUAGAAGCAAGCUUUGGGAUGGUAACCAAGUAAUAAUAAAAAUAAUUUGUCAGUUACACUUUUAACAUUAUUGUGAAAUGCUUGAGAAGUAAAGAUAACUUUAUAUUUUAGUCCAAGAAUCAUCAAUUUUGUUGCAAUGUUACC